AUGAGCUUCGAGGGACUGCAAGGGCUGCUGAAGAGGAAACAAGAGCAGCGGCAAGGAGUCUCAGAUGGACCGGCUGCAGCGGCCGCGGCAGGUGCCAACGCCUCGGCACACACGCAAGCCCUCGCCGGAAGCUUAACAGCGACCCACACGAAUGUCACACCCACUAACACAACACAUGCAGCUCCUAACGGGGGCGGCAGCAGCUGCUGCAAUGCUGGAUCCGCCAGCACCACCUAUGAUCCGUACGCAGCUGCUCUGCAGAGCGUGCAAGUAUUGCAGCAGCAGCAAGAGCAGCAAGGAGCUCUCAGCAGCACUAUGGCAGGCCAGAAGCACCCCCGGGAGGAUAUGGUGCAGGCAUCGAAGCUGGUCGGAGCUGUGCACAGCUCUAACGGCUCGUCCGCUGCUGAAGCGAGUGACGAGCUCAGUGUGAGAUCGGUUGCGUCAGCCAGCACACCACCGACUGCCUCACUCAACACGCCUGCAGUGCCGUCAGUGAAGAGCGACGAAGACGUUUUGGCGCAGCGUGAGAUGGGCAUUGCGGUGCUUCAGGUGUGCCUUACUAAGCUGGAACACUACUGGGCCGCGGAGCGAGCGUCAAGCAAGGCUGUGGCGUCUACCGGCUAUUCGGUCACGGCCACUGCUUCAGUGCCCACUGUGUCGCAGCCGCAGCACCAGCCGUCGUCCGCCGGUGCUCUCCUUGAAUCGAGUGACUCACUGCCCGCGUCGUCGUCUCUCCUUUCUAUUCCGCGCGCACUGCGCGACUACCUCUUGGCUCAGUUUGUGGCACCGAAUCCUGCCGCCACGCGUGCGACAGGGCUGCCUGAGAUGACGGUGCUGGAUCGUGAGUUUGAGCUUCUUGCCCAACUCAAGGCGGAGAUGGAGGCAGAGCCGCAGAACGAGGCGGUGGACAGCGCGAGUAUCGUCGCUACCAAAGUGCACCAGGUGCCGGAAGAGCAGCGCCAACUCGCCGAGCUCCUGCGUGCGCUGUGGUAUCUCGUUGCGCUGCUCUGGCAGCACAGCCUCGACCCGCACCAGCGCAAUGGUCGGAGCAGUGCAACGUCGACCGCCAUGCCGCGAGAGGGGCCGCUUGCACCAGCGCAGCAGGGAUGGUCACCUGCCGUCUAUCUUGGCCUUCAAAACGCGCUGCCGGCUGAUGUGCGGCUUCUGCAGGGUCGCUUCAUUGCCGAAGAAGUGGACCGGUGGCGAGCGCUGGCCCGCACCCGGCAGAACGCGCUGGAGUUGCUUUCCUACGUCUGCAGCGACUACGACACCUCUGCUGCGGCGUCGUCACCGUCGACCACGGCAGCAGACUUUAUUAUUCCGUCUGACCUUCGCAAGAAGCUGCACACCAUGGUGGUGCGCCACCUGCAGCAGGAGCGUGACUUCAUGGCGGUGCGGCAGGACUACGUGGACAUCACAAUGGGCACAGCAAACUGGAAGCUUGGGCUAUUCUCUGGUGGCGAGGUGCACAUGCGCCGGUCGAUGGAGCGGGUGGAGCGCAACCGGAUCGCGCAUCUGCUGAACAACGAACACGCGACUCAACUGCUGCAGGCGGUGCGAGAGCUGACCAUAUUUGUGGAGCGCCACGCUCUUGCGAGGACCUCUCCCUUCUUUUGCCCAGCGUGCGUCACCUCCACCAUGGCCGCGUAG